GAGGCUGAGAGGGGAGGGACUGUGACUGAUAGUGAAACUUAAGAGAGCAUUAUAACCCAUGCAGAAUGGACAGACAGGACACCAGUUGUAUGGACCAGCGCUGAAGCCAUACACUGAUACCCACUGGAAGAAAGAGCAGAGCUGGACCAGAGGCACCUCCACCUGAAAACAACACGCUUCUUCUCCCCAAGUGAGCGAUGGCUGCUAGUGGAAACGUCAGGGUCCUCGUCUGGACCAUCUUUCUCCUCUCCCUCUGCUAUGCUGUGCAGGGACAGGACCAAGCUCUGGACUGCUGUCUGAAGGCCAGUGACAAAAGGAUCCCUUUAAAGAUUCUGGUCAGUUACCGGGUCCAGGACAAACACCAGGGCUGCAGGAUUGAUGCCGUUGUCUUCACCACUGAGAAAGGACGUCAGCUUUGCGCUAGUUCUAAUGCCCAGUGGGUGAAAAAGAGGAAGGACCAGUUGGAUGCCAAGCUGAGGAAGAGAAACAUGGAUGAACAGUGGAGGAACUAGGAGAACAUCGACUCCACCCCCAUCUCCACCUCCUUUCGCACUAUUUGUGGCAGCUAGGAGGACUAGCCGAACUGAGGAACUGAAGAAAAUAUAUAUAUUUUUUCAUUUAACUUUUUAAAAAAAAGUGUUUCAGGAAUGAUAGAAUAAAGAUGGUCUCUAGAGAUUAAAGAUGUAUUUUGAGCCUCUUGAUGACAUGGAUAGAGAGUUCUCAGGCACUUCGAGUGACACAAUCAAAAGACAGGUUAUAGCUAAUGAUUUAACUUUUUUGUCCUUUACUAAGCUCGGUGAAAAAUAAAAACAAUCAAUCAAAUGCUAAAA